CUGUGAGAACCACCAAUUUAUGGCGUUUAAGGUUUUAUUGGGAUGGAUUAAGAGAGUAAACAGGAAGGAAAUACUUGACUGGAAGGAUGAAGAUGGUAACACAGUCUUCCAUAUCGCUGCAUCGAUAAAUCAGACUGAGGUCAUGAAGUUGCUGCGUAAAACCGUAAAAGUAAAAGCCAGGAACUUGGAUGGCAAAACCGCUAUGGACAUACUUCAAACUCACCAAUCUCCUUGUUUCCCUGUAGCAAGAAAACUUCUAAAAAGUGCUAAAGAAAGACUAUUUUGUGGUUCCACAACGACUCUUGCGGAAUAUUUGAGCAAAAAUCUAUCGUUUAUUGAGAAACGGAACAAUCUCUUGGGGCUGAGCAAUUUGAGCAUGACUAAAGACAGGUCUAUAAACGCUAGUGACCCUCGCAAUGUAAUACUUGUGGUGGCUAUACUCAUAGUAACCGCUACAUACCAGGCUGGUCUCAGUCCUCCCGGCGGGUUUUGGCAGGAUAAUUCUUCAGAGCAUGAAGAUUACAAUAGUCAUCACACCGCUGGGCAGAUGACUAUGUCGUUCUUCGAUGCCUUUUUCUUUAUUAGCCUCAACGGAUUUGCCUUCGUAUCAUCUCUAUAUGUGAUAAUAAUCAUCACAAUUGGACUCCCCAAGUGGAAGUUAAUCUAUGGUUCAAUGGCGGCUUUAAGUAUCGCUACUUUAGCAUCAUACAGCACUAUAUUCCCGGAUCCAUAUGGCCUAUAUUGGAAUAUCGCAGCGUUCAUCGUCCCCUAUACAUACCCAUUGAUUAUAGGAAUCAUGAUGUUUGCUACUUUCAUGGCAUUCAUUGUUGAUAAACGUCGUCGGCACCAAGUAGACUUCCCAGCGAGCUGCUUCAGCUCAUCUCAGGAGCUGUGAAGGUAUAAGUGUUAUACGUAGACGGAGGCUGUCUAAACCUUUUGAAUUUGUGUUGCUUUGUUAGAGUGUACUGUCAUUAUUACGGUAUAAAAUAGUUAUUCUCCUUAAACCA